AUGUUGAAGUUCUACUACAAGACAGUUGUGAGAGAGCUAAAGGACACUGUUUUCCCCAGCCAUAUGUUUCGAUUGCAGCCUUUGUCAUAUUUGAAACAGAAAAUGGAUAUCAAUGAAAAAGAACUAUUGUAUGGUAACUUUUGGGUUGCGGCUAAAAUCGUAGGCAUUAAGAGUUCAUGGGAUUGGUUUUAUGUUUCUUGCAAAUCACAUGGCUGUAAUAAGAAGUUGACUCUUCGUAACACAAUGUAUGACUAUGAUAAAUGUAAGAGGACUUGGCAAGAUGGUAUUCUCAGGUACAAGGUUAAAAUUAGAGUUGUUGACCUGGAUGGAAAUGCACCAUUCAUACUCUGGGACAAGGAGUGUACUGAAUUACUUGGUAUUUUUGCAACAGAUCUUAGGAAAAAGAUUUUGGAGGGACCCCUUAGAGUCCCCAGGGAAAUAGAGUCUUUAGUGGGAAUUGCAAUGCUUUUCAGAAUUGCGGCUAGAAAUGAGCAAUUCGACAAUCUCCACAAUGCCUUUGCAGUCAUGAAGGUUAUAAAUGACCCUAAAUUGGUGAGUAUCUACUGUCCAGAGUUGUUGGAUAAACCAGAUAAAGACCUCACCUCUGAAGUGCAUUCACUGGAUUAUGAAUUUUCUGAAGAGGAGUUCAGUGUUGAUACCAAUAAUGUCUAUGGCUCCAUCGGAUACAAGAUUGUCUUUCAAAUUUCAAAGGAGAUAGUUCCCAUUAAUGUUGUCAUAUACAAUGAAAAUAAAUAA